AUGGGAGUAAAAGUCGACGGUCGGCAGUUGUACCAUUUUCGCUUUCCUGAUGACAUCGUCUUUAUAACACCAAAUAAUAGCCAAGCGGAACGUAUGCUUGACGACUCUGAUAAAGCUUGUGGAAAGAUUGGUCUUCGACUAAAUCUCACAAAAACGUUGUUCAUGAAGAACGAACGAAUUGUUUCGCAUGCCCCAUUCACGCUCAACGGAACGAAUAUCUCCGAAUGCUCCAGUUAUGUCUAUCUAGGUCGGGUAAUCAAUAUGAUGAACGGCCUAGCUCCGGAGCUGAGCAGAAGAAAACGAUUGGCUUGGGGAGCUUUCAAGAGCAUCGAGGAUGUAGUGAAAAGAACAAAGAACACCUGA